UGCCACAGUCACCACGCUGCCGGUGCCACCACCGCACGCCGGCACCGCUGCUGCCACACAGCGCCCACCGUGGGCAGCUGGGCUCUGGCACCCACAUCUCCCGGGCGGGGGGGCCAGGCUGAGGAGGGGGCGCUUCCAUCGGGACUCGCCAUGUCCGACAACGGCUGGGUGGGCUCCUGGCGACCCCACCGCCCCCGGGGGCCCAUCUCCGCCCAGUACCGCACCCCCGGCCCCAAGUACGGGGUCCCCGGCAACGUCGGUUACAACCAGCACGACCCCACCCGGAGCCGCGCCCCCGCCUACACCUUCGGGCUGCGGCUGCCGGCGGAGCAGGAGAGCCGCUCCCCCGGGCCCCAGUACCUGGUGCGGCCCGGCCUCACCCACCGCGGCCAGGACGGCAUCCCCGCACACACAAUCUGCGGCCGCCCCCGCGCCGACACCGCCAGCAAGACCCCCGGGCCAGCGCAUUAUGCCCCGGAGAGGGCGGACAAGUGGGCCUAUCCCAGCGCACCCACCUCCUUCCUGCGCUCCCGCCCCCGCGAGUUCGGAGCGCAGGAGACUCCGGGCCCGGCCGCCUACCGCCUGCCCACCGUGCUGGGCCCCCGCCUGGUGGACAAGCCCUCGGCCCCCGCCUGCUACAUCGUGGGGCGCGGCCCCGGCUCCUUCGGCAACCUGAACAGG